GGAAAAAUAUUGUGUAAAAUUCAAUCAUAUAUUACAUGAAAAGUCAAGGGAGAUUAUUUUUCCAUUCAGCAAAAGAGGCAAUAUAUUUGGAAGGUACUGGAAGGAAAAGCCAUGUAGAGCAUAGCUAUGCCUGUUCUGGGAAAUAUUCAACUUGCAAAUCACAUCAGGUUAUGCCUGAGAGCAUCCAAACUGGAGAAGAACCUUACAUAUACUCUAAAUAUGGUAAAAUCUCUGAUCAGAACAGCUCGUGAUACACCAGAGAAUUCACACAGGAGAGAAACCAUAUGAAUGUCCUGUUUGUGGGAAAAGUUUCAGUACCAAUUCCAACCAUAUUAGCCACCAGAUGAUUCACACAGGAGAGAAAUCCUUUGAAUGUCCAGACUGUGGGAGAAGUUUCAGUCAAAAUUCCAGCCUGGUGAGACACCAGAGGACUCACACAGGAGAUAAACCGUUUGAAUGUUCUGACUGUUGGAAAAGUUUCGCUAAAAAUUCCAGCUUGGUUCAACACCAGAGAACACACACAGGAGAGAAACCCUUUGAGUGUCCUGACUGUGGGAAAAGUUUCAGUCAGAAUUCCAUCUUGAUUCAACACCAGAGGAUUCACACAGGAGAGAAACCCUUUAAGUGUCCUGACUGUGGGAAAAGUUUCAGUCAGAAUUCCAGCCUGGUUAGUCACCAGAGAACUCACACAGGGGAGAAAGCCUUUGAAUGUUCUGAUUGUGGGAAGAGUUUCAGUAACAAUUCCAACCUUGUGAGACACCAGAGAACUCACACAGGAGAGAAACCGUUUGAAUGUCCUGAUUGUGGGAAACGUUUCAGUCAGAAUUGUCACCUUAUUAAUCACCAGAGGAUUCAUACAGGAGAGAAACCCUUUGAAUGUCCUGAUUGUGGGAGAAGAUUCAGUCACUAU